AAAUACGGUAAAAAGUUUUGCCCGCAGGUUCAAGUUUCGAAGAUAUGAUAAGAAAAGCAAUCUGUAAAAUGAUGUUAGUGAUUAUCACCUGAUGAUUCUUUCAAAUUAUAUCAAUCGCAGUAAAUGUUUGAGACAUUUCGGUUAACCACUGCCGGUUUAGACCGUUUAGACCCAAAGCAACCGCAUCCGUGUUCCAUUAUAUCAGUUUCAUCUCAACGUUUUUUUUGACCCGGUAUAAGAAUUGAUCCAAAACUGAUGAGAUUUAGAUUCAAUUUGACGCAGUUCUAAACCGUUUGACAGUUUCAAUGGAACACAAGUGGGAUUGCCAUGUUUUCACUGACUUGGAUCUAACUUCGUUGGUUUAAUUCUUGUAUAAAUAAGACCCGAGAAUAGACCACGGAUAAAGGUGCUCUAAUUUCACAUAAACGAUCGUCACGGAAUUUAUUGUUAACCCUCAGAAUCCGAUCAGUUUGUAUAGGUUUGUACAUCCAUUUUAAAUACCUGUCCUUAUUAUUUGACAUUUAUGCCAACCAUUGUUUGUAUACGUUGUACUUGAAGAGUUGGAUGGAUGCAACUUUUCUAGAAAAAUUUACCAUUUUUAAGCAUUUUGUAGAUCCCUUUGGUUCGUAAGUUGUGGUAUAUCGAGUAUUCUAUAUUGAUCAAGGAGUAUUAAAAAAAGGGGACUUAAAAUUUGUAAUCGCUGACAAAAGCGUAAUCCUGUUAGCCUUGCAAAAAAAUCAUCGGUGCAUCAAAAUUCCAGCUAACCAAAAGAUUCGAAGAAGCAUCGGUAUCAGUCGAGAGCGAGAUCAGUUACGUGUCAGUUUGGCUUGAGAUCUGCGAGGCAUCGUGCGAUUAGUCACCUAUUUCAUUAAAAGCAGCGCAUCAUGGGAUCAACCGGAAAUAUGAGGGCUCUGAUCUUAGUUGGUGGAUAUGGAACUCGGCUGAGACCUCUCACGCUGAGCACUCCCAAACCAUUAGUGGAAUUCGCCAACAAACCGAUUCUGCUUCACCAAAUAGAGGCUUUGGUUGAGGCGGGUGUCAAUGAAGUUAUUUUGGCCGUGUCUUACCGGGCCGAGCAGAUGGAAGCUGAAUUGAAGCAGAAAGUGGAGAAACUGGGUGUCAAAUUGAUUUUUUCACACGAAACGGAACCCUUGGGCACAGCUGGUCCACUGGCACUAGCUAAAAACAUUCUUUCGAAAAGCUCCGAGCCAUUUUUCGUGUUGAAUUCCGAUAUCAUAUGUGAUUUUCCCUUCAAGGAUCUGGAACAGUUCCAUCGUCGUCACGGUCGCGAAGGAACGAUUGUUGUGACAAAGGUUGAGGAACCUUCGAAAUAUGGAGUUGUGCUGUAUGCCGACAAUGGUUGCAUUAAAAAUUUCAUUGAGAAACCUCAGGAGUUUAUCAGCAAUAAGAUUAACGCUGGGAUGUACAUUCUGAAUCCAUCGGUCCUCUCAAGGAUUCAACUCAAACCAACUUCGAUAGAGAAAGAGGUGUUUCCUCUUAUGUGCAACGAGAAGGAACUGUACGCCUUCGAGCUCAAUGGAUUUUGGAUGGACAUUGGACAGCCGAGAGACUUCCUAACGGGAAUGUGCUUGUAUUUAAACUCCCUACGUCAGCGAAACCCCGAGCUACUGUACAGCGGUCCUGCUGGACAUGUAGGAAAUGUGUUGGUAGAUCCAAGUGCCAAAAUAGGAGCAGGCUGUCGGAUAGGGCCGAAUGUAACCAUUGGGCCGGAUGUCGUUAUUGAGGACGGCGUCUGCAUCAAGCGUUGUACGAUUCUUCAGGGUGCGGUCGUUAAAUCCCACUCAUGGCUGGAAAGCUGUAUCAUCGGUUGGCGCUGUUCGGUGGGGCGAUGGGUCCGGCUUGAAGGGACAACCGUGCUCGGAGAAGAUGUCAUUGUGCAAGACGAAAUUUACAUCAAUGGAGGUCAAGUUCUUCCACACAAAAGCAUAGGCACCAGUGUCCCCGAGCCGCAAAUCAUUAUGUAGGAUUAAGUUUAUCCAACCAAUCGAAUAUUUAAAUUCGAUUACUUUUCCCAAAGCGUGCGUGAAUGGCGACGUUAACGAAACCAGCAUCUACUAGUUCAGACGAUCGGUGUUAAACAUAUAGAUUGGUCAAUCCGACUCCAUGGUCAGCUAUCAUUAAAUCAAUCCGAUAUCGCUUCUCGGCCUAAGGCGAAAGUGUAGUAUCUGUUCUUAUAAAAAAAAUCGAUUAAGUUUGGCUAUCAAGUACGUUGCUAUUGAGUGUCAUCGCAGGAUUUUUUUUUAUUUUAAAAACUUCAUUUCGAACGCAUUUACAUGAUUGGCAAUUAUUUUCUUUUGAAGAAACUAAAAUAGAUAAUAUUUUAUUUUUAUAAAAUGCAUUCCAGAUGUGUAAUAAUAAAUAUGGUUUUCAAAUUUGA